AUGUCAGCUGUCUUCUCGCUGGAUCUACCUGUGAAUUGCAUUAACGUCUCUCCACAGUGCAUCAUAUCAAUUCAGGCAUGGAAUCGUCGUCUAGAGUUGCGGAAGCCUAAACUUCAAAGGGACGAGAUUUUAUCCGCUAAGGUGUAUUAUGCCCCCGAAUGGGACUUGGAGAAGAAGCCGAAUAAGGAUGCAGGUUUCCCAGAUCCCUUAAAAGGUUACGGCAUGACGCCAGAGAAAUGGGAGUACUACAACAAGGUAGUAUGGCCUCCAAACUACAUCGUUCCCGAAACAGGCUUACCUAAGCUGAGGGAAGUUUUCCACUGCAGAGAGUCCAUACAUUUUUCCCCAAAACGUAUGUGGCAAGCUUGUCAACUUGUAUGGCGAACAAAUGUUGAUGAAGCGAUAACGCAGCUUAAAUUCCAGCAGAUGAAAAGUUGUACAAUUCUUGCUGAGGUAUUGAGCGAAGCCAAGGAGCGAGCAGAGAAGGAGUUUCACAUAGAAUUUCCGUCAGAUAUGUACGUGGCAGAUGCGUUCCCUAUCCAGUCUAACAUAAUCAAGGGUUGGUCUAUCUUCUAUCUUAUUCUUUUUCUCUUAUUCCCGUCUUAG